UUGACUUUAACCAAGCAAAUUUGACAUGGAUGGAUCACCUGAACCCAAAUCUCGUGCUUUUACGACAUCAAUCCCUCUUCAGCUCCAUCCCUUUCCGUUCCGGAAUUUCUCCGUGGGCGGAGAAGCGUAAUGCUCCAAGGAGCCAUCGGGUAAAAAGUUUCCAUUUAAAAUUCCCCUCUCCACCUCCCGUUUUCUUUUCUACGAAAGCAAAGCACAAGUCCUCUUCGGCCGUGAGGGCUACCGAGUUCUGAGCUCCGACCGUCUGGAUUCCCUGCCCUCUUCUACGCGCUCUUCUAAUCCCCUACCAAAAUCCUUCCUUUCGCUGUCUCGUCGCUGCUCUCCAUCGCUCCCAUGGCGUCGUGGUCGCAGUUGGAAGCGAUUAAGACGGCGAAGGUGCUGAUGGUGGGGGCCGGCGGAAUUGGGUGCGAGCUGCUCAAAACCCUUGCGUUGUCUGGUUUCCAGGAUAUUCACAUUAUAGAUAUGGACACAAUUGAAGUCAGUAACCUCAAUAGACAAUUUUUAUUUCGACAGAGUCAUGUGGGGCAAUCUAAGGCUAAAGUUGCUCGAGAUGCUGUUCUAAAGUUUAGGCCUCACAUCAGCAUAACACCACACCAUGCAAAUGUCAAGGAUCCGGAAUUCAAUGUGGAUUUUUUUAAGGACUUUAAUGUGGUUUUGAAUGGUCUUGAUAACUUAGAUGCUAGACGACAUGUUAACCGCCUGUGCUUGGCUGCUGGAGUUCCUUUGGUUGAAAGUGGAACCACAGGUUUCUUGGGGCAGGUCACUGUGCAUGUCAAGGGUAAAACAGAGUGCUAUGAAUGCCAACCAAAACCAACUCCAAAGACCUAUCCUGUUUGCACUAUCACCAGCACUCCUUCAAAGUUUGUUCACUGUAUCGUUUGGGCAAAGGACCUGCUUUUUGCAAAGUUGUUUGGAGAUAAAAAUCAGGAGAAUGAUCUUAACGUGCAUCCCAGUGCUGGCACUAAUUCAACGAAUCCUACAGAAGAUGUGUUUGAGCGAAGGGCGGAUGAGGAUCCUGAACAGUAUGGUCGUAAAAUUUAUGAUCAUGUUUUUGGAUACAACAUUCAGGUUGCAUUAGCUAAUGAAGAAACAUGGAAGAACAGAAACAAACCUAGGCCUGUCUAUGUCAGAGAUGUAUUGCCAGACAAACUUAUCCAGCAAAAUGGAAGUUUGGAGAAGAACUGUGUCACUGAGGAGUCAGCAGUGUCAGCUAUGUCAUCUCUUGGUCUAAAGAAUCCUCAGGAUGUUUGGAGUCUUGCUGAGAAUUCAAGAAUCUUUUUGGAGGCCCUGAGAUUAUUCAUUGAAAAACGACAGAAGGAUUUUGGGAAUCUGGCUUUUGACAAAGAUGACCAAUUGGCUGUGGAAUUUGUGACUGCUGCUGCAAAUGUCAGGGCAUCUUCUUUUGGCAUUUCUUUGCAUAGUCUUUUUGAAGCUAAAGGUAUUGCUGGCAAUAUUGUUCAUGCUGUCGCAACAACAAAUGCUGUUAUUGCUGGUUUGAUCGUAAUUGAAGCAAUCAAAGUUCUCCAGGGUGAUUUUCAGAACUACAGGAUGACGUAUUGUCUUGAACAUCCAUCAAGAAAGAUGCUCUUAAUGCCAGUACAGCCAUUUGAGGCUAAUAAAUCUUGUUACGUCUGUUCUGAGACACCCCUACUUCUGGAGAUAAACACUCGAACCUCAAAGUUACGGGACUUUGUUGAGAAGAUAGUGAAAAACAAACUGGGCAUGAAUUUACCAUUGAUAAUGCAUGGCUCAACCCUCAUCUUCGAGGCUGGUGACGAUUUAGAAGAAGAUGUUGCUGCCAAUUAUGCAUUGAACCUUGACAAGGCUUUAGCAGAACUUCCUCCUCCAGUUACCAGUGGGACUGUGCUCACAGUUGAGGACCUUCGGCAGGAAUUGUCAUGCAAUAUAAACAUCAAACACAGGCUACCAAUUGCGAGCAGACAAAUAGCCUCCAGUCGCAAUAAGGUAUUAUUAUUAUUAUUAUUUUCGAUCAUGCACUGCAAAAAACCAUUCUAAAUGCCAGCACUUCUAGCUGAUGUAAGCAUAAUUUAGUUUUUGAGUUUCAUAGGAUCAUGCUGUUUUAUAUGGUAUUCAAGAUUUCAGAAGUGUUGGCACUCAAAAAGGAUGCCCUAGUGAUUGAGGUUCCCACUACUAUGGGUUCUAGGGAGGGUUAGAUGUAUGCAGGUUUACCCUCGCAGCAGAGAGGCUAUUUUCAGGCUUUGAAUCUGACACCCAAGUCACAGUAAAGUAACCUUGCCAUGCCAAGGCUAAGUAUUGGUACUCCAAAAUUUUCAAAAAAUUCUGAAUAAAUGUUGAAUAGAGGAAGGUAAGAGCAACUCUAGAAGUCGUGAUCUAACCUAUGCAUUCAAUGCACUAAAAACAAAAGCAAUCAUUGCAGGAAAAAGGUGAAUUCAUGGCAUGGACCAAAUGAGAAGAUCAACUUCAUUGAUGUAAAACUCUCUAGUGCAAUACAUGUGGAUAAAUUUCACCUUUAUCAUUAGGAGCAACUUUUGGAGUUCCUCUGUGGGAGGAUUACAAAGCUACCAGAUUUGUAUAUGCACCAUUUACCUUUCCAAAUAGAGUUAUUGUUUUAUCUUUGAGUGGAAGGAAUCUCCACUUAUGAAGGUGUACCUACUUCAUAAUCUCCCCAGAAACUUCUUAUGACAUCUGCUUUCUAAAUGUUUUCAUUUCGUUUCUUUCUUUUUUUUUUUAAAAAAAAACAAGAGAACCACAUAUCUGCACUCUUAUCUGCUCCCGCAGCCGCACCCACUUCUGGUAAUGGAGGUUCUAUCAAGUCCAGAAAUUCCUUUUUUUUUU